GGAGAGGAGAGAGGGGGAUGGUUGUGGACAGAAGCAAUGUUAAGUACUCUGAGGAAGCAGACGAUCCAUAUGCCGGUGAUGAAGCAGAUGAAAAGAAAUUGAUACAAGAGAUUGGACGUGAGAACGUGAGCAGCAUUGUUGAUGGGUUUUUGGAUGCAAGCAGUAGGGUCGCGCAUUCGCCUUUGGACGAUGCUUAUUUGGACGCCUUCCACACAAAUUGCCUGAUUGAGUGUGAGCCAGAGUAUUUGAUGGGAGAUUUUGGCACAAACCCAGAUAUUGAUGAUAAACCGCCAAUUCCUCUUCAUGAUGCACUUGAGAAGGCGAAGCCCUUCCUGAUGGCAUAUGAAGGAAUUCAAAGCCAAGAAGAAUGGGAGGAAGCUGUCAAAGAAGCGAUGGAGAGGGUCCCUUUAUGGGAAAAGGUUAUUGAUCAGUACUGUGGACCUGAUAGGAUUACAGCAAAGAAACAGCAAGAGGCGCUAGAAAGAAUUGCAAAAACUGUUCCUAACAGUGCGCCAGCUUCUGUGAAGCAAUUUGCUAAUUGUGCAGUUCUUUCCCUGCAGAGCAACCCCGGUUGGGGAUUUGACAAGAAAUUCCAAUUCAUGGAUAAGCUUGCCCGAGAGGUCUCUCAAUGAUACAAUUGAAGUUGGAAGGCUUGUUUCUGAUGAUGAUGUCAUGAUUACUGAGAUCUUUUUCUGGAAUCCAUAUAUGUUGAUUCAAUCUUCAUUUGAAAAAUAAUCUUAUAUGCAAAAUGUUUUUCCAAAAAAUAUUGGAGCUGUGCCCCAUAAUUGACUGUUGGAAUAAACUCCUUGAGCAGGUCUCGUCUUUUCUUUGCAACAAUACUUCAUGCAGCUCUUGCCAUCUCCAUUUGCAGCAAAGUACCAUCUUUCAUCAGAAAACUACGAUCAUUUGUUUGAUAUUUAUAGUAUGGGUUUAGCAAACAGCAACCACAAAAGAGUACAUAAAAGAUGUUAAGCAUAACUACAUCAUGAGACGGGAGACUUUGUCUGAAAUGAACUUUGUCAUUGUCAUUGGUGGCAACUCUGGUUAUGUACAUAUCACCGGAGGUUCUUUGAACAAACCUUAAUGCAUAAA